AUGACCGAUAGUGCUGGAGGAGAUACUAUGCAUAUGAAAUAUAAGAUAGUGUUUCUAGGAGAUCAAUCAGUAGGGAAGACUUCCCUCAUUUUAAGGUUUACUUAGGACACAUUUGAUGGAAAUUACUAGGCCACGAUAGGCAUUGAUUUCUUAUCAAAGACUAUGUAUGUUGAUGAUAAAAUGGUUAGACUUUAGUUAUGGGAUACAGCAGGUCAAGAAAGAUUCAGGAGUCUUAUUCCAUCAUAUAUAAAAGAUUCUUCAGUGGCUGUAGUUGUCUACGAUAUAACCAGCAAACAAAGUUUCAAUAACGUGACUAAAUGGAUUGACGAUGCAAAGACAAUCAGAGGAAAUGACCUCCUUAUCAUACUUGUUGGUAAUAAAAUAGACAUCGCUGAGAAGAGACAAGUUGGAACCGAAGAAGGACAAGCUUUGGCUAAGGAACUAGAUGUUAUGUUCAUCGAAACAAGUGCGAAAGCAGGAAUAAAUAUUCGCUAAUUGUUCUAAAACCUUGCGUAAAGCCUUCCAGGAAUGGAGAGCACAGGAGGUAAAAAAGGUGGAGAUGCUGACCAUGCAAAUGAUAGAUAACCCCAGAGUCAAAAUUAAAAUUAGGUACAGAAAUUUCAGCUUAACAAAGAUAAAACUGAUGAUGGAACAGGAAAGACUGAGGGGAAAGUUAAUAAAUGUUGUUGA